AUGCUUUCUGAAAGAUAUGUGCCUGUAAAUCCUCUUGCAACUGCUGGAUUUCAUGUUAUAGGAUAUUUCUUGAACUGGGGGCUUUUUGGUGCCUUAUGUGUUCAAGUCUUUCUCUACUAUUGGGCAUUUCCAAAAGACAAACUAUUCUUAAAAUUAGUUGUUUAUGGCCUGUUUGCCUUGGAUAUCAUUCAAACUGCACUCAUCACCAAAGAUGCCUUCUUCAAGUUUGGGACUCAUUUUGGCAAUGUCACCAUCUUUGCUUCCCUGGAGAAUCUCUGGUUUUCAGUUUUUGUUAUAAAUGCUACUAGUGGUGCCAUUGUCCAGCUAUUUUUUGCUUAUCGUAUCUCAGUCUUGUCCAAAUCCAGAAUUGUAGCAACGCUAGUCGCCCUUUUGGCUGUUGCUGGAUGCGCAGCUGGUAUUACAAGUGGUGUUCGGGCCAAAAUCAGUAGGGUCGACAAUCUGAGUGCCAUUGCUUUUGGUACAAAGACUGAAUUUAGUGUCUGGUUAUCUAUUAGUGCAGCCUGUGAUAUUGUUAUUACAGCCUGUAUUGUCACAAUUCUCUCACGGAACAGAGGCAAUGGUCUUAAAAAGACUGAUGAUACCAUUAGAAAGAUAAUCUGGGUGACUGUUGAGACAGGGACCCUCACUACUUUGGUUGCCAUUCUCACCAUGGCAUUGACGAUUGCUUUCCCUGAGAAGGCCUUGUGCACAAUAUUGAUGGAUAUAAUUGGAAAAAUUUACUCCAACAAUUUCCUGGUCAUCCUCAACCGCAGAAUGAUGAUUGUGGAUGGAAGAAGUAUUGUUACCCAGUCAGAAACUCAGCAGGACAGUUUUUGCUUCUCUUCCCCAAACACAAACAGGUCUGCUACAAGUGAAACCAUAACAGAGGUCAAGAUUGAGCAGCAAGUUUGGCCUAAGAAUAAUGAUUCCAAGGAAGAAGACAUGUAG